AUAUGUGGCCGCAAUGUACCGCCGACCGCUCGCCGCGCGGCAUUCCGUGCCGGCCGUCCGCGCGCGCUCCCGCCCGCGCCGCCCGCUCGCGAGCUCCCGACGCCGUGUGGCCUGUGCUGGAGGCCGGGGACUUGCAGUGAAGUGCUGAAGUGACAGUGGAACUGUUGUACAGGAACUAUAACACAGGAGCUGGGGCCCGAUGGCCGGACGAGCUGACGUCCUCAGUCGUUGAGGACCAAUGUGUAAUCUGCGCGCCCUGCCCUCGCUCCCGCGCCCCGCCUGCGCUAGCCACCACGUAUCAGAACAGCGCAUCGGUGCCUCAGAUCGGGUUGCAGUGAGGUCCCGGUGAACAUGCUCGCCGCGAGCGCAGCGCAUGCGGCGGCGAGCGCGCGCUGCGCGGCCGCGGCGGGCGGCGCGACAUGAACGGCACAGCGGAGGAGGAGAGCGGCUGCGCCUCCGACCAGGGCGUGGAGCCGGCCGACACGCUGGUGCGCUUCGUGGUGCACGGGGUGCUGCUGAACGCCAUCGGCGCGGGCGGCCUGCUCGGCAACGCGCUGUCCGCGCUCGUGCUGUCGCGGCCGCAGAUGCGCUCCUCCGUCAACUGCCUGCUGGUGGGGCUGGCCGCCUGCGACACCGUGCUCAUUCUGACCUCCGUGCUGCUGUUCGGCCUCACCGCCGUCUAUCCUUACACGGGCCACCUGCGCUACUAUUACUACCACGUGUGUCCGCACAUCACGCCCUACGCUUAUCCGAUUGCCAACGCAGCGCAGACCAUGUCGGUGUAUCUGACGCUGAUAGUGACGAUUGAGCGCUGGGUCGCCGUCUGCCAUCCGUUCAGAGCGAAAGCGCUUUGUACGUCAUCGCGGGCGCGCUGGUACGUGCUCGGCACGGCGGCCUUCGCUCUCAUAUACAACGCGCCUAAAUUCUUUGAAGCUGAAGUAUAUCCUAGCAUGGAUAACGGAGAAGUGGUGUAUUGCGUGAGAUCGGAUAUCGACUUCCGAACGGAGUCGUACGUCGCCAUCUACAUUCACUGGAUGUACCUCAUCGUGAUGUACAUAGUGCCGUUCUCCGCGCUGGCGGCGCUGAACGCGUGCAUCGUGCGGCAGGUGCGGCGCGCGCAGGCCGAGCGCGCGCGGCUGUCGCGCGUGCAGCGCCGCGAGAUCUCGCUCGCCACCAUGCUGCUCGUCGUCGUGCUCGUGUUCUUCCUCUGCAACUUGCUGCCGCUCGUCACCAACUCCUUCGAGUUGUUCGUCACCAACUCCUUCGAGUUGUUCUUAGAAAAUGAACUCGAGAAGCUCGACCCGCUCGUGAAGACGAGCAAUUUGAUGGUCACGAUCAAUAGUAGCGUCAAUUUCGUGAUUUAUGUCAUUUUCGGAGAGAAAUUCCAGCGAGUCUUUUUGAAGAUGUUCUGCGCUGGCAAGCUUCGCCGUCGUGAUUCACCAGAACAUACUCGCGACGACUCAUUUGCGUCUUGUGGCGAACGAGUAUCGCUUCGCAUGACGCGAAACGGCACGCUGCGACGCUCUGAGGCGCGAUCGUCGCGCGGCGCGGUGGGCGGGGCGGCCAACGGGCGGCCGCGGCGAGCCCCGUCCCCGGCGCCCACCGUGUACUACCCCGCGCCCGUCACAGACCUCACCUCGGCCUCCGUCACCUCGGAGGCGCCGACACCGAACAGUGCCCGCUGGAACGGGCAUGCACGUGUACAUUUUUAGAAAAAAAUAAUCUACAAGUAUCGUUGUCUAGUGAUAUAAAAUGCCACAAUGGCCGACACAAUACGAAAAAAGUGAAAUAAAAACUUUCAGAGAGAAUAAGUUAAAAUAAGUGCUGUGACGUUAUUGAAUUACGUUAAGUAAGAAAGUGACUAAGAUUAUUUAUAAAUAAAUUAUUGUGACGUUAGACGAUCGGCAUAACGAUGCCAUGAAUGAUGUUUCUCCAUCAAUAAAACUCAU